UUUAAAAUUGAUUAAAUGUGGUCAAGAUUCACAAGCACGUUUACAAGACAUUCAUCAAAAGCGUCAAGAAGAAUGAUGUUCGGAGCAACUUUUGCAUGCGCUUCACUCACAACAGUUGCUUUUGUUAAAAGAAACGACUGGUCUAACAUGUUCAGCACCCAAUAUGAAUGCAGUGAUAUUUAUGAAAAGGAAGAGAAGACAUUCGAUCCAAGAAGAAAGCCACUAAGUGCAAGAGAGGAUCCCUUCCAUAGAUCCAGAAGGAACAGACCUCUUAACGAUCUCGACUUGAAAAUCUUUUCAGGAAGUGCUAGUCAAGAACUUGCUGAAGAGAUAGCAGAUCAUCUCGGAACAAAGAUUUCUGGCUCAGAAACUGGAAAAUUCGCUGAUGGAGAGACCUAUGUCAGAGUGAAUGAGACAGUGAGAGGGAAAGACUGCUAUAUCAUCCAAUCGACUUGUCCACCUGCAAAUGACAACUUAAUGGAACUUUUCCUGAUGAUUUCCACUUUAAAAAGAGCUUCAGCAAAAUCCAUCACCGCAGUUAUUCCUUACUAUGGAUACGCUAGGCAAGAUAGAAAAACUGAGGAUAGAGUCUCUAUUGCUGGUGCUGAUGUUGCUAGACUCCUCGAAACAAUGGGAGUUGAUUCAGUAAUCUCAGUCGACCUCCAUUGCUGGCAAAUCGAGGGAUUCUUUGAGAACAAAACUCCAGUCAUCAACCUUGAAGCAGGAAUUAUUGGGAUGGAAUACGUUCUCGACGAUUUUGGUAUCGAAAAUAUUGAUAACCUGGUUGUCGUCAGUCCAGAUGCUGGAGGUGUAGGCAGAGCUAAGAGAUUCCAAGGGGCUCUCCUCAGAAGAGGAUUCCCAGAAGUCACACUUGCAAUGAUCAUCAAGCAGAGACCAAAGCCAGGCGUCGUAGCAAGAAUGGACUUGAUCGGAGAUGUUGAAGGAAAAGACUGAAUCAUUGUAGAUGAUAUGAUAGAUAGUGCUGGAACAUUAUGAAAAGCCGCUCAAGAAUUGAAAGAAUUUGGAGCUAAGAAAGUGUAUGCUUUCGCAACCCAUGGGAUCUUUACAGGAGAAGCUCCUGAAAGAAUUAGGGAUUCUGACCUUGAAAAAGUGAUUGUCACUAAUACCAUCCCUCUUUCUCAGCAUUUCAUUGAUACUGUCCCAAGUGAGAAGUUUGAACACGUUUCAAUCGGAACUUUCAUGGCAGAAACUAUCAGAAGAAUUUACUUAAAAGAAAGUGUUGCAGGAAUGUACGGUGAAGAUAAUUACAGAGAGAAUUAAUUG